CCAAUCUUAUUCGCUCUGUACCUGGAGCCACUCUGCAGAGCAAUUGUUCGCGAUGCGAGCAUAAGUGGUUUGGUGCUGUCCUCAGGCUCACUUAAACUCCUGGCGUACGCCGACGAUGUGGCAGUGGUGUGUUCGUCGGCAACUCAGGUGAAGGCUGUGGUGCAGCAUAUUAGGAACUUCUGCAACGUCUCCGGCGCGCAAAUGAACCCGGAAAAGUCGGCUGGUGCUUGGCUAGGUGGCUGGGACACGAAGCCAGAGCGCUUUCUUGGCAUCCCGUGGACGUCCAAGGUGUCUAGUUAUCUGGGAGUUUGUUUAGACGUCGAACAGCUGAGUACGGGCCGAGGCGGAGUGGACUUAAAUCGCCUUAAAUUCAAAGCGGCAGACUGUAACGGCAGAUAUAUUUCGUUAAUGCAUCGGGCACACAUUUGUAACUCUGUUUUCUUUCCGACUGCAUGGUAUACGGCACAAGUGGUGCCGUGCGCAUCUCUUGACAUUGCAAAAGUGCAUCGAUUGUUUGCAACCUUUGUCUGGGAGUCAAAGUUUGAGCGCAUGCGACGAAAUAACCUGUUCUUAAGUCAGAAGAAGGGCGGGCUCGGAUUAGUAAAUGUUGAGCUGAAGCUUCGAGUGCACCGCUUCUUGUUCUUUAGGGAUCAUAAAAGCGCUUUCAUUUUGUCGGCAUUCAGAGAACUUGGAGGAGCAUGUUUGAAUCCCUGGCUUGAAGGUGCAACAGGAGUCGCCCGUUCACGCGUGCUUAAAUUUUACAAAGAAAUAGCGGAUGCUAUACAGUUUUUCGAAGCGAGGUUUUCAAGGGAGUAUCUCGAUAAGGUUAAAAGGAAAAGAUUGUACUGGGAUACGCUAGAAUCAAUGACGCCGCCUCCAUUGUAUCGCAUUAGUGCAGAAGGUGUGUGCAAGUCUGAUGUUUUCCAGCGUCUUCGACGCUAUCCAGUUAAAAUGGGGUCAAAGAAUUUUUUCCUCCGCCUGCAUUGGGAGGUACUCCCUGUGAAGACUUGGUUAGUAAAAAAAGGGUUUUUUGAACCUUGGUCUACAAAUUGUGCACUUUGUCCGGUUCCAGAAACACUGGAGCACGUUUUUUUGUACUGUACGAAUGCCGAGCUGUUUUGGGCCGAGCUUCGAGCGGUGUUGCGGACAGAUCUCUACAUGGACUGGAAAAAGGUCAAAUACUUGGAGUUCGGCUCAGGUCUGAAAAGCAGAGCCUGGGAAGUUCUCGCUCUUCUUGGAUUGCAUGCCUUAUGGAACUCGCGGAAUAAUCACUUGUUUGUAGUGGAAGGAGCAAAGCCAGCUUGGCGCCACUUUGUCGAGGGUUUUAUGUAUGUCGACUCGAUUAUAGAGGCAACGCAACAACCAGGCUUGGAAUGCUGGACAGCGUGGAAAGCGCGUUUGCAAAGGCGCUAGAAGGUUGCCCCUUUAUUGCGAGUACAGUAGAAAAUGGCAGAGUGGCCUGUAAGGGUGCACUAAUAUUCGUAAGG